AUGGCGCGGCAGAGCGCUGUUGCCCGGCCGACCGGGCGUGUCUCUGGCCAUCUGGUGCAUCGCCGAGACCUGGAGACAAGCCCCCUGCUCUGCGUGACUGCUCCAGGGUCGCAGGGCAAAGAUUAUGCAGAAAAGGAGAAUACGAUAGCAAAAGCUCUGGAAGACCUUAAAGCUAACUUCUAUUGCGAACUGUGUGACAAACAAUAUUACAAGCAUCAAGAAUUCGACAAUCACAUUAACUCCUAUGACCAUGCUCACAAACAGAGACUCAAGGAGCUAAAACAGAGAGAAUUUGCACGAAACGUUGCCUCCAAGUCGAGAAAAGAUGAAAGGAAACAGGAAAAGGCCCUUCAACGAUUGCACAAGUUAGCCGAACUCCGGAAGGAAGCUGCAUGUGCACCAGGGAGCGGCCCUAUGUUCCGGUCCACCACAGUGACAAUCCGAGACCACCGUAAUGAAAUCCUUGUCAACUCUGCUAAGAAAGAGCAAGAAUUUGACUUCAAGUUAUUGCCCAAGUCAAAAGCUCCUGGAGACGUUACAUCGGUUGCUGAGUCUACACCUGAAGCUGCAAGAAACAGUAAGCAAGAUGCUAACAAACUGGGGGAUCAAAUGGCGGGACUCCAUGGACAGAAAGUGGGGUUCUCUUUUGCUUUCCCUAAGAAAGCAUCGGUCAAGCUCGAAUCCUCAGCAGCUGCCUUCUGUGACUACAAUGAUGAAACAUCAGCCAAACACGGGCUUAGCAGAAGAAGUCGGUUUGUUCCUGGGCUCUUAGCCUCAUCUGCUGAAGAAACCGUUCUGGAUACUGAGGGAGAUCUGAACUCUGUUGCUCCACUAGCGGAAAAACACGGUGACAAAACAGAACCCACUCUGCUCCAGGAUUCCAAGGAACCAUCUGUCGAGGAGAACACAAUGCAAGAGGCCACUGAAUUAAGGCCUCCGAUUUUCCAUUCAAAAGAGCCUGAACCCAGCAACCUGGAAAGCUCCUGCAUUAAUGUGGAUUCAACAGCCGUGCCUGACGAAACAUGCAGAGAGGCACUAGGGAAUCAAGCUCUUCCUGUGGAGAACAAUAGCGAGGAGCACAUAGGAGAUAAAUGCUCAGGUCCUCCCGUCAAUGAAGCACUUUUUUCGCAGCAGGAAACCCAGGAAGGAAACGAUCAGAACAUUAGCAGCGAUUCACCCACUGCUGAAGACGAGAUUAAAAGAUCCUUGUCUGACGGAAUGGUUCCAGCAAAUCCUGAAGGGGAAACGAUGGCUCCGCCUUGUAAACAAGAUUCACAUAAAAGGCCUUGUGAGCCAUUCGUCCCUGUGCUUAACAAACAUGGAUCGACCAUUCUUCAGUGGCCGUCAGAAAUGUUAAUUUACACAAACACAGAGCCAUCUAUUUCAUAUAGCUGCAACCCCUUAUGUUUUGACUUCAGGUCGUCAAGAGCCAGUGAAAGCCUCGAGAGAAAUAAACCUCAGACAAAUGCGCCUAAUUCUCCUCAUAAGACUGAGUCUAACCAGGGUUCCAUGAGAGAUUCUAUGCAUAAGUCUCAUUCAGUAUAUGCUAAUAGCGCAAGUGACAUCAAUGCACAUCCAUGUAACCAUGCAACACCAAUUCCGAUGGACAUUUCUUCAGCCAGAGACUUUUCUGGAAAAAACCAGGAUGAAUUGGCCUUGGAUGCUUCUUGUGAGACUGAAGAGAAGGAAAAACACCACUGUCUCCCAAAGGAGCAGCAAGAGGGCUCCUCUGGUGACGAACAACAAAACGAAAGGUGGAUCAAAAGAACCCAUGAAAAGUGGUUUUAUAAAACUCGGAAGAGGAAAAGGAGGAGAAAACUGUGCAAUCACCAUCAUCGGGACAUUGCCGAGGUGGAUACUGGUAUUUCAGCUCCUGAACAAAAUAGUUGUGUUGAUGCUAACAAAUUUCAGAAUCUUCUUAGUACUAGGGAACAAAGUAUGGGUGAAACUGGACUGCAGGAAAAGGCUGAAGAACUAUCAGAGCAGUCACUUGACUCUCCUGGGACUGAGAACAGUAAUGGCUGUGAAACCACAUCUAUGUCUACACAGGACCAUGGUCACCCAAGUCCAUACCCAGCCUGGAAUGCAAAAGAUGAAAGGGACUGUUGUCCCAACUCUAAAAACCUGUGCAGAAGGAGCAAGCCAGUUCUUCACAGACAAUCAAAUGAAGUAGGAGUGAAUUCUGGAAGGUGCAACUCGAUGUGUUCUAGACCGUUUUGUAGCUGGAGUCUCAAAAGAUCCAGCAGUAGCCCAUAUCACAAACAUUUAGGCCAUUAUCCCAAUGAGAAAUGCACCGAUCAAAUGCAGACUGUAAAGAGAGCCUAUAAUUCUCCCACAGACGAGCUGGAUUUUUUUUGCCAUAAACGAAGGCAUCAUACGUACUCAUGUUCCUCUGAGGAAAGUUCAAAUGCACAGACCUGGCUGUUGGAAGAAAAUGUGCCGCAUGCCUUCGGUUGUAGAGUGUCUCGCAAGCCUAAACGGAAGCGCAGAAGAAAGCGAAUGAGAACCCACGUGUUUAGAGAGAGGCCAUCAGGAAAUAAUCUCAAUGGGCCAUCUCAAAAAGGAGUCUCCGUGUUCAGCAACGCUUCUGACAUGCCCACUGAAGGGACCACAGAGAAAGAAAAUCCACCUUUCACGACUGAUUAUGCAAACGGUACAGAAGAAUCAAUACAGCCGAUUGAAUGCCCACCAGCCCCACCACCUGAGCAAUUACAUCCAUUAGAAACCACCCAAGGAUCAAACUGUUCUGGUACAAGGAGCACUCCAUAUCCGGAAGAAUCCACGCGUUCUGCUUCUCCUGUUACCGAACAGGCAGCCACAAAGCCCACAAACGUGCCGGUAGAGGGAGAGAAACACGAACCGGUGAGCAUUCCUGGCAGUCAGCCUGCCAGAAAAGGGCCCAGUGUUGACAGAAACCCGAAUCAAUCUCCCCCUAAAUCGUAUCUGUGCCACUACGAAGUGGCGGAUACCAUCCCGCCCGAAAAACUUCACCUGUCAGCCAACGAGUGGCUGCGGUAUCAUCCAGGUAUAUUCAACGCCCCGUCUCCUUUACCCUUUAAAGAAGCACAUAUAAACCGUCACGCUUUCUUAGCCAGCGAGCAGAUCCUCACCCCGUUCGCCUUACCCGAACACGCGUUGCUCUUGGCCCCCGAAAGCCAUGACAAAUUCAAAGACCUUCAGUGCGAGGCCUACCAUCAGAUCUUCCAGCAAAACCUGCUAGCCAAUAAAAUGAAACUGAACUUCCCUCCGGCUGCGCUCCCGCCUUCGACUCCUCCUCUCCAGCCUUUGCCCUUGCAGCAGCCGCUGUGUUCUACCUCUGUCACCACAAUCCACCACACUGUUUUGCAGCAGCACGCGGCUGCGGCCGCGGCGGCCGCCACGACAUUUAAGGUCCUUCAGCCUCAUCAGCCGUUCCUUUCCCAAGUCCCCGCCCUUCCCCGCGCACCUUUACCUCAUUUGUCAGUUGGGCCGAGGCUUUGUCCUGCAGGUCACACAACCAUCAUUGGCCCACCCCAGCUGCCACUCAUUCCAGCCUCUGUCCUCCACCCCAGUCAUUUGGCUUUCCCCCCUUUACCCCACGCACUGUUCCCGUCGCUCUUGUCACCGCACCCAGCUGUCAUUCCUUUGCAGCCUCUCUUCUGAGCUUCAUGUCGAGAAGAUACAAGAGAAAGGAAUAUAUCCAGUGGAAUAUAUACAUACGUGACCAGCGCCAUUCAUCGGAUUCAAUGAACUAAGAUUAAGGGGUCGCGAAAGCCUCCUUAUCUGGGAGUUAUUUGCUAUCAGUGCAACAAUGCAAACCUUUAUAUGUAAAGUGCAAAUUCAUAUUACAAUUAAAGCACUGAAUUGGUACUAAUACAACUGAUAUAGAUAUAUAGAUAUAUAGAUAUGUAUGUAUGUAUGAAGAUCAUGUCUUAAAAUAUAUAAACAUGUAUAUAAAAUAUAUUUAUAGUACGGUAAGCUACGUUAUAAAGUAUGCUCCUGAGUUGUUGUUUUUUUUAAAUUCUACUUGUGUACUUGCACCUAAGUCAUGUUUAGAUAAAACUGAUGCACUAUAUUUUGUAUGACAUUCUCUUAUCACCAUAAACCUAGUGAGAAACUCUCUCUUGCAAUAAAUUUAUUUUGUUACGGAUUAAAUGAUAUUAAAACAAGUAUAUAUAUAUUUCAGCAAAUUAUAUAUAUAUAAUUUCAGUAAAUUUAUAUACACACAUACACACACAUAUAUGUAAAUUUACCACUAGCUUUACAGACCAUUGUUUUCUACCAUUUAAAUCUUCUUUUCCACCUGUGACCCAGCCUUCUGUGAUAUAUUGCCCAAGCACAGAAGCUAAAACCUUUAGGACAGCCAUCCUAUUGAGAAGAGGGCAAAGGGUAAUACAUCUGAUUGUCUUCGCAACCCAAUGCUGGGGAGACAAAUAUUGCCCAUUUGCAGUGUGGGCCCAGACUCCUGACUCUAGAAACAAGAAACUGAGAAACGAAAACCUGCCUUCGCAUUUGUGUAUGGUCAUGGAAAACCACACUCAAAAAGUUCAGUUGUGCUUAGAGAGGCUGCUGAAUUUUGCAACCCCGUGAAUUCCAACUUGAAAAAGUCCCGUUUGGCCUUUACUUCUCAUGGAUGCAAACUGAACCCACAAGUUUUAUUUCUUUUCCUGUUUCACAUUAAAUUUAUUCAAUUGUUAAGUAUUUUUUGG